AAAAGAAAUAAAAACCCGCUUAUAUUCCUAUCUUCAGUGUAUACGAGUUCAAACCUCUCUCUCUCUGCAUUCAGUCGUUUCAGAAGAUGAGAAACGACGGCCUUUUGGGGUGUCGUCUUUGCUUUUUCCUCUUAUCCGUCUUUCUCUUCGCCGGCAUCAAUGGCGAAGAUCCGUACAGAUUCUUCACGUGGAAUGUGACGUAUGGAGAUAUAUACCCUCUCGGUGUAAAGCAGCAGGGGAUAUUGAUAAAUGGGCAGUUUCCAGGCCCUCAGAUCGAUUCUGUUACGAACGAUAAUCUGAUUAUCAAUGUUUACAAUAGCUUGAGCGAGCCAUUCCUCCUCUCUUGGAAUGGCAUACAACAGAGGAGGAAUUCAUGGCAAGAUGGAGUGUAUGGCACCAACUGCCCGAUCCCGCCAGGCCGGAACUUCACUUAUGUCCUUCAAGUGAAAGAUCAGAUUGGUAGCUACUUCUACUUCCCUUCCCUAGCCUUCCACAAGGCUGCUGGUGGUUUCGGCGGGUUGAAGAUCUUGAGCCGUCCAAGGAUCCCAGUCCCCUUCCCGGAUCCCGCUGGGGACUACACCAUUCUAACUGGAGACUGGUUCAAGGCCAAUCACACUGCCUUGAGAGGAAUCUUAGACAGUGGACAUGAUCUUCCCUUCCCUGAUGGACUUCUUAUAAAUGGACGAGGAGCAAAUGGGUUCACAUUCACCGUCGAUCAAGGAAAAACAUAUAGGUUUCGAAUAUCGAAUGUGGGAUUGACGACAUCUAUCAACUUCAGAAUUCAAGGACAUUUGAUGAAGCUGGUAGAGGUUGAAGGAUCUCACACGCUCCAGAACAGUUACUCUUCCCUAGAUAUCCAUCUGGGGCAGUCUUAUUCGGUCCUGGUCACGGCGGACCAACCAGGACACGACUACUACAUUGUUGCCUCCACACGCUUCACGACUCCGGUGCUAACGACCACUGCCAUACUCCAUUACAGUAACUCUGCUGGAGGCGUUGUGGGUCCCCCUCCUGGUGGGCCCACCAUUCAGAUCGAUUGGUCCCUCAACCAGGCUAGAUCUAUUCGCUGGAAUCUGUCAGCAAGUGGACCGAGACCCAAUCCUCAAGGCUCCUAUCAUUAUGGAUUGAUCAAUACGUCCCGAACCAUUCGGCUUGCAAACUCGGCCCCUAUCAUCAAUGGAAAACAGAGAUAUGCCGUCAACAGUGUCUCCUUCAUUCCAGCAGACACACCAUUGAAACUUGCUGAUUUCUACCAGAUCUCCGGCGUCUUCAGUGUCGGAAGCAUUUCUGACAACCCCAACUGGGGAGGCGGUUACCUUCAGACAUCGGUCAUGGCGGCCAAUUUCCGUGAUUACAUUGAGAUAGUGUUUGAGAACACGGAAGACACCGUGCAAUCGUGGCAUAUUGAUGGUUAUUCCUUCUUCGUUGUAGGGAUGGAUGGAGGGCAGUGGUCAUCUCAAAGCAGGCUAAGUUACAACCUUCGAGACACUGUCUCUCGCUGCACUGUUCAGGUGUACCCCAAGUCAUGGACUGCAAUUUACAUGGCCUUGGACAAUGUGGGCAUGUGGAACAUACGAUCAGAGAACUGGGCCCGGCAGUAUUUGGGCCAGCAGUUCUAUCUACGUGUCUACUCUCCUGCAAAUUCAUGGAGGGACGAGUAUCCCAUCCCAAGGAAUGCUCUUCUCUGUGGCCGGGCAUCAGGACGCCGAACUCGCCCUCUUUGAUCCAUCAGUUGUGGAAUUCGUCACGAGAGGGUGACAGAUUCUUCGACAGCAGAUUAGUGGUGAGACUCCCUACACGAUUUAUUUUUAUUUUUAUUUAUUUUUCCUUUUUUUUUUUUGGGGGUAGAGCUCAACUCGAGCGGCUAUUAAAAAAUCUUGGCUUCUCUGAUUUUCGUUUUUCCUAUGGUAAGAGCAUUGUUUAAUGGCAUUGUCUUGUACUCCAUUUUAGACAUGAUAAAGCCAAUUAAUGUAAGAACCUGGUCUUGAUUUCACGG